AUGAGUCUGCGAGUGGAGCAGAAGAAAUCGUUCGUUCAGAACAUUCGAAACGUCGGGCUCAGUGUGAACGAAGGCAAAAUGUACAGCGAGAUCGACUCGCGAGAUAUGUCCAACUUCCACACGCUCGUUCCCCACCUCGCUCAGGAAUUCCCGUUCGAGCUCGACGACUUCCAGAAGCGCUCGAUUGUCCACUUAGAGCGCGGAGAGAGCGUUUAUGUCUGCGCACAUACCAGUGCGGGUAAAACUGUGGUUGCGGAUUACGCCAUCUCGCUUUGCUUGUCGCAUAUGACGAAAUGUAUCUACACCUCGCCGGUGAAGGCGCUGUCGAAUCAGAAAUACCACGAUUUUAAGUUGAAAUACGAGGACGUUGGCAUCAUCACGGGCGACGUUUCGCUGAAUCCGACCGCGUCGGUUCUCGUGAUGACCACCGAAAUUCUUCGAGAAAUGCUGUAUAACGGAUCCGACAUCAUUCGCGAUAUCGAAUGGGUCGUGUUCGACGAGGCCCAUUACAUUAACAAUUCAGAUCGCGGCGUCGUGUGGGAGGAAUCGAUCAUUCUCCUUCCCGAUCACGUGGGGCUGAUCUUCCUUUCCGCUACCACUCCGAACGUGAAGCAAAUCGCAGACUGGAUUGGGCGGAGCAAACACAAAAAGAUUUGGAUCAUGCAGACGGACUUCCGUCCCGUUCCAUUAGAAUUCGACUUGAUUUACCAAGGCAAAGUGACUUGCGUAGCUUCUCUGCAGCCCAUUCAUCGAAUAGAUCAAAGACGUGAAAAACAAGUUUUAUCCCGAUCGAAUCCGAUCGCUUCACGGCUUCCGUCCCCAAGAAACAUCGAAGGACGACGCGCCUUCCCUUCCUGCGAAGAUUUUCAACCCCUCUCAAUCCGAUCUCCGCGAUGUAAUCAAGAUUCUCAAGAAGAACAACGACAUGCCCGUACUCCUGCCUCCCAUUUCGCCAUGUACCGCGCUUCCUGCUCUCAAAACGCACAGAAACUCGCCAAGGAAAAAGUGAAUCUGCUGCCUCCAGACGAAGCACAAUACGUCCGAAGCUUCUACCAGCGCUGCAUUCAAGAUCUGCGCGCAGAAGACCGCAGUCUCGCGCAGGUCCAAACGCUGCUGCCUCUCCUCUGUCAAGGCAUCGGCGUUCACCACGCAGGACUGCUGCCGCUUCUGAAGGAAGUGGUCGAAAUGCUCUUCUCGACUGGGUACAUCAAAGUGCUGUUCGCCACGGAAACCUUCGCGAUCGGCGUGAAUAUGCCCGCCAAAUCGGUGUGUUUCAGCGGACUGGCGAAGAACGACGGCAUCACUUCUCGCUAUUUCCUUUCUUCGGAAUUCACCCAAAUGUCAGGACGAGCGGGUCGACGCGGAAAAGACCUUCUUGGACGCGUGUAUAUCCAUGUGAGCAAUCUGCCUUCCACGAACGUAGUGAUGGGUAUUGUCUCGGGAACACGCGAUUUGAUCACGUCGCAAUUCCGAAUCUCCUACUCGAUGAUUAUGAGCAUUAUGCGCGUUCAGGACUUGUCGUUAGAAGGAAUGAUCUCGCACUCUUUUUCGGAGGCUGUGCAUCGGUCCAAGACCGAAUUCACUGCCUAUAAAAAGAAUCUGAAAAGCAUUGAAAACGUCGCUGAACGGCUCAAGAAGAAGCCGAUUCUCUUCUCCUUGCAGGAUCAAAUUGAGUACGCAAAUCAGUACAAACAUACGCAGAAAUCGCGUACGGAGUUCUGGGAGACGCAGAUGGAGCUUUGGAAGAACAUGAAAGAAUCGCCGUUCCGCAAAGGCGCCUUGCUUUUACUGGACGUUUCGCUUUUCAUAAACGACUCGCUUCAUAUUCUCCACACUGUGGGCUCGCUUUUUUCGAUCACCGUCGAAAACGAGUUCAUCAAUAUCGAAGCGAUUCUCCCGGGAUCCGUCGAUUCUGGCAAGCAGAUCAUGACGUUCAACGUUCUGUUCUCGAACCUGGCCAAGAAACUGGGUUCUCUCUACGAGAAAUACGUCGUAUUGCGAGACACUGCGGGGCUGAAGAACAUUUGUCCCGUGCUGCCCCCUUCCAUGUGGGUUGCAAUGUGUUUUGGGUUAUUGAGUAGACCGGGAUCGCUGCUCCCUUCCGCUACCGAAGACGAUUUGAACGCGUUCGCUUAUAUUCUGUCCGCGUUGGAGUCGAAGAAGGAGAAAUUAACCAACAAAAUGGGCGAAGAGAAGCUGAGUCUGCUCCCCGAGCUGCAUUCACGCAUCGCUGUUCUUAAAAACUUGCAGUACAUCGAUGAGGACGACACGGUAACCAUGAAAGGACGCUGCUGCUGCUUUAUCCGAUCAGGGAACGAGCUUUUACUGCUCGAGCUUCUCUUCGAGAAUCUUCUUCAUGAUUUGACGCCUCCCGAACUCGCCGGAGUGCUGAGCGUUUGCAUUUACGAGCGAAACGACGACGUGACUCUCACAAACGCUCACUUUAUCAAGAUUCAGCACGAGAUGAUCGAAAUUGUGGAGCGAAUCGGACAGUUGGAGAAGGAUUGCGGACUGUCGGAAGAGAGUAUUAUGACCAAGGAGAAGAAUAUCCAUGUGGGCUUUAUGGAGAUCGCAGAGAAGUGGUGCAAAGGAAUGACGUUCUCCGAUCUAAUGAAGGGCUGUCCUUUGGAUGAAGGGUUUGUCGUGAAUCAGCUGCUUCGGACGGAGAUGGUGUGUCGCAGACUCGCUGAUAUCGCGCAGGAAAUUGGAAACCCGGAACUCUUCCAGACCUGCCAGAUGAUCUCGCAAGCAAUGCUGCGCGAUAUUGUUUACACUCCUUCACUCUACCUGAACUCAACUCUUUGUUUCAUCAAACAAACAGACAAUCAACACAACUAA